AUGGCGGGCGUUAAAGGUAGCUGGUCCUGCGGUGGGGUGUCGCCGCCGUCCCGGGCUAAGCCUGGAGCUGCGCUCUCAGCGUGUGGGCGGGGAACGGCCUCCCCCAAGCCUGCCGCUCUCCCCUUCUCUCCGGGGGCGGAGGAGGCGCUCACCCUCUUCCUUCGCCCCGCGGGAUGCGGGUGGAACCUCACUGGUCUGCACGCUCCUGCCGGUCUCUCCGGGACCUUCCAGGCGAGCCAGGAGCGGUGCCCUUCUUGGAGACCCGGCGUUUACUGGCCCUUGUUUGUCCUGAUAUUUCACGCCAUCUCUCCCAUCCCCCAUUUCAUUGCCAAAAGAGCAACGUAUGACUCUGAUGCCACAAGUAGUGCCUGUCGGGAGCUGGCAUAUUUUUUCACUACUGGAAUUGUUGUUUCUGCCUUUGGAUUUCCUGUUAUUCUUGCCCGUGUGUCUGUGAUCAAAUGGGGAGCCUGUGGCCUUGUGCUGGCAGGCAAUGCAGUCAUUUUCCUGACAAUUCAAGGUUUUUUCCUUGUGUUUGGAAGAGGAGAUGAUUUUAGCUGGGAGCAGUGGUAGCACUUUAUUCUGAUAAAUUGCAUUUUAUUUCUUAGAAGUCAUGCUAUGUGUAUUUGUGUGCACAUGUGGCCUUUUACUAUGAAAUUUCCUAUGCUAUUUUUUUAUACCUUUAUAUCAUGUUCACUGUAAGAAGGACUACAGGAGAGAAAGCUCAGUUUUGUUUCCAGCUAAUAGACCUCUCCAUGUACUCAAGUUGAAUUCUUUUAUUUGUUUGGCUCUUCAUAUAGUCAUGGUGCUCUCAGAAGAUAUAUUAACACAGUCUUGUACACAGCCGUUCACUUGUGUGAUGCAUUUACAUAUUUUGCCUGGGGAUGAGUGUGGGUAAGCAGACAGCACUGGAGCAAGUCUGUUCUACUCAGGACUUCCAAGAUAUACUUGUGGCCCAGAGAGACAGAGCGGCUCCCUCUUUGUGUUGUAGACCCUUGCCUCUCGAAGUGUGGUCCAUAGAGCACCUGGCAUCUCUUAGGAGCCAGUUCAUACAGAAUCAGAGGUUCCCCCCCCCACCCCCCACCACAGAUCCAGUGCAUUUUAGAUGAGCUCCCAGGUGAAUUACAUGCACAUUAAAGUUUGACAAGUGCUGUCAUAGGGGAAUAAGUAUCACCUCUAGUGUCCUUGUCUUCCCUUUGGCCGAACCUCUUAACCUCUCUGGGUAUUAUCUGCUCGUUUGUAAAAAUUGUUUCACCUGCCUUCAUGUUGAGGCCUACUUCAGAGUCUCUCUGGUAUUUGUGAAAUGUCCAAACCUGUAUUGUUCCUCACAUUUGUGGAAUUGUUCUCAGUAUGGAACAGUUAUGUCUUCACUGUCUGAAAGGCAAUAGCUCUUUUCACAGAGCUGGGGAAACAGAAUAACUGCAAAGUAACAGAGUAACUGGGCUGUACCGAAGGAGGCCAGGCUGGAACCAGUCCCUGCUUUAGCAGGGGGGCAAGAGCAGAUAGGUAAUACUUUCUAACUUCCCUUUAUAAUCACACACUUCUCCCCAGCUCCUUCUCUGUACUGCGUUCCACCUCCACCCCCCCUCCAAACCAACACACUCCCAGCAGUUCUGAUUUGCCUUUACUUCCUCACGGCUCUGACUUUUCCUUCCUACAGGAACAGGAGCCAAGUAAGCAAACAGAGGGUGCCCAAAGACGCUACUUACUGUCUUUCAUGCCUUGUAGAUCUUUUUAUAUAUAUGUAUAAAACCCCUCUGCCACUUUUAAGUGAAUCAUUGUGAGUACAUGCCACGCUAGAUCCUGUAGUCAGUUUUUCUAGCUCAGCUUUUCGUCCAAGAUCUAUAAAGAAAAAUAUGGGAACUAGAACCACUUGAUGAGAAUACAAUGAUUUUAAAGGAUUAUUAAUGUGUGAUAACUGACACGCAUUGAAAACACUAAAAUUUUGAAGUUUGGAAUCUGAGGAAUUAGCAUAUCUUUUCGUAUUCUGGAAUGAUCUGGGACUAGGAGAAGAUAAAAUUGAAACCUAAAAGGAUAAUGUGCAGUUAUAUUGUGGCCUUGUGCAUAAUUUUAUGUUUUCUUUUUUUUUAAUAUAUGAAAUUUAUUGUCAAAUUGGUUUCCAUACAAAACCCAGUCCUCAUCCCAAAAGAUGCCCUCUUCAAUACCCAUCACCUGAUUUUAUGUUUUCAAAGUUCUUUGUACAUGUAGAAUUGUUGACGUUAUUUCCAAUAUUUAUAAUUAGAAAAAUUAUAUAAACACUUUAUAAUUUUAGCCAGCGUUUUUAAUAACACUUGCACUUACUUUAUUGUAAUAAAUUUCUCUUUAAC